GGAAGAUUGCUGUGCAUUAGAGCUGCAGUCAAGCGACAGAGUUUUGCUUGGAACACUGAACAGAGCUGGUGCUGACAUAAGUACUACAGCCCCACCCCUAGGUCUUACUGAUUGGUGAAAGAUGCAUCUCAGCGGUGUAGCCGUGCUGCUGCUGCUCCACAUCCAGCUUGGCAGCGCUGAACAAAUCGAGCCAAAGGUGCUGAAGACACUGGUGAAAGAUUUCCUUCUUAAGAAUGUAAAUGCACACAUACAUCUGGACCAGAUGAGCUUCAUGAUUGGACUGACUCCUGACCAGUGCAAUGGUAAAAGUUCAGUCAACUACCUGUACAAGGGGGAGGAGAAGCAGCAGCCUACUUUCACCAAAUCGGUAAAGGAUUUCAACACCAAAUUGAAAGCCAACUACAUAGCAGUGGGUCCGGAUCCCGGCCAAUACUGCUCCGAGUUCAAAAUCUUGAAGAACCCAACAAACGGAUGGGACCCACCACUGGACAAGGAAUCCAUGACGGGAGCGGAGUGGCUGGGGGUGAAGCUGGAGCAGACGCUGCAAAAUGGCGGCUGCAUGGUCUUCUACACCACCAACUCACCCUGCCUGGAGCACUGUUUCAGUGACAAUUGCGAUAGAAGGAUCGAUGAGCCCCUGUCGAAGAAACCCUUCUCUCUGUGGCGUGAAGAGGGAAAAGUACACAUGUACUUCAUCUACACCCAGCUCUUCGAUGAUGAAAGCGAUGUUGAGACCCAACAGAAGGUCAAGGAAGGUUUCUCUAACCUGAGGAACCUGGGCUUCACCAUCGAGAAGUGCCCUUACCAGCAGAAGCUGUCCUGCCCCCAAUGUAAAGGUGUGCCCGCCUGUACAGUCUGCUUGAGCAAGACGACCUUCUGCAACAACUGCAAAGACAGGAUGAAUAAAUGCCAGACCUGCAAGUCUGUUGACUACCAGAAUACCUGCAAUGAUUGCCCAGAAUUUAAGGGGAAUUGCAUGUGCAACAAGAUCCCCAAGGAGAGACAGGUAAAAUGCAAAGCCUGCAAGAAUCACAGAAAUUACUGCCUCAACUGCAAAAAGGUGUACUGUGACGACUGCACUUCUAAAGUUCAGAGCGAGUGCCUGGAAUGCGAGAUAAUAAGGGAGCGUGAUUGUCAAAGUUGCCGAAACAGUCACCUGGACUGCUACGAAUGUCUCAACCAGCGCAUCGAGUGCCAAGUGGAGCCUAAUUAAAACGAAAUGAGCUGAGCUUUCUUGCUUGCUUUUGUACUUUUUUCAGUGCUUGUUUUUAGUUGCUUACAUUUCAAUCCAUCUCUCUGCUUUGGUGGAACAAAAUCAGUCUGGUCAGUCAGUAAUUGGCAGUGCUCAAAAAUACAUACUCUAAAAGCACACGGUACACCACUAUAGCGACUCAGAGACUUUUCUCCAAUGCCACAUAUGCCAUUGCCAGCUAUGGCCGGGAGUUUCCAAUGGGCAGCGUACAAUUGGCCAAGCACUGCAGGAUUAGGGAGGGAUAAAGUUGGUCAGGGUUUUUUUUGUCUGUGGCUGAAUUUUUUGUAGAAUUAUUGAUAUUAUUAUAGCAUUUUACAGCUUGACAAACCUUGUAAGUCACCCUGGAUAAAGGUGUCUGAUAAAUGUCUGCAAAAUGAAUAAUACUUUAUAAAGUCAUUAUUAAAUAUAUAUUAUGUGUUAAUAAAAAGUUAAUAUAGCAUCAAUAAGCAGAACCUUAAUAUACAGCUUUACCAAGAAAAAAGUAAAAUAAAUACAUGGCAAGCUAAUGCCUGCUCUCAUGUUUAGUGUAUCCAGCAUGUGUGUUACCCCUCUGCAUCUACCUUGUUGGAACUGCCAUACUCUUUGUAAUCACCAUUAAACUCCAGCAAAACAGCA